CACCCACCUAGUCAAAGGUAUCAAACUAUCAACUAAACAAUAACUAUUACCAACUCUCCUUCCUUCACACCAUUCUUUUCUUAUUCUUCUUCUUCUAUUUUUCCUUUAUAGUAUUUUUUUCUUUCAGCUUCCUGGAUUUUAGGCGGAAGUCCACCACCUACACUGUAAAAUCGAACUUAGUUUUUAAGAUCAACAGCCUCAUUGUUUUAUUCUUCUUCUUCAAUUUCAAAUCUAGGGUUUCCAUUUUUGGGGGGAUGAAUUCUUAAUUUCAAUUCGAAACGUUAAUACUUUGUUUAAUUUUAUGUAAUUUUUGAUCAAAUUUCCAAUCUGGGUAUUAUUAUUAUCUUUUGAAAGUCUCAUGUAGUAAGCUGGUCAUUAUCAAGUGUGAGUGGAGAAAAGAGAGGACAUAUUGAAAGAUGUCCUCUAUUUUUCCUUCAUCUUCAAGUGGUGGUGCUGGUGGGGGUGUUGGUAAUAGUAAUGGUGGUGGAGCUCUUAAUUACAUUGAGCAUCAUGUAUCUAAGUUUGAUACUCUAGCUGGUGUUGCCAUUAAAUAUGGUGUUGAGGUUGCAGACGUUAAGAGGAUGAAUGGGUUGGUAACAGAUCUCCAAAUGUUUGCUCUCAAGAAGCUUCAGAUACCAUUACCAGGACGACAUCCCCCAUCUGCAAGCCUGUCAAAUGGGCAGCCUAGUCCAGGAGAAAGCAUGGAAGAACAGAUGAAGCCCAGCCGAGCUCGCAGUGAUGUAUUGGAAUCACUUCAGUCCCUUGGCUUUAGAAAAACCGAGCAAAGAGUUUCUUCAGCUAUGAGCAGUUUACAGGGCUACUACGGAUUGAAAUCUCCGAAACAGAAAAUGUUGGAUGAAGGUACAGAGAUGGCAAAUUACAGAACCGGUAGUGUUCAACGCUACUUCCAAGAUGAAAUUCUCUCCAAACCCUUGCUAACAUUUGAAACGUCUCCAAGCCAGCAGAGAAGCUUAGUUAAUGGAAGCUUGGUCGAGAAUGGUGACCCAUUAAAUGCUCUUGCAGCUGCAAAGAAUGGUGGUGAGGCUGAUAAAUCAAAUGAGAAAUCGGUACGGAGGCGUCAGAAAUCUGAAGUUGAUUUGAGUUUGCUGACACCGGAAAAGGUGCUGAAGGAGGAAAACAAUGGCAGCAAUGGGCUCUCAACGGUCACAGGAAGGGGUUUAGCUUUGAGGCCCAAAUCUGUGAGCAGAAAUCUUAUGUCAAUUGAUACUGAUAUGAGUUGGUUAAACCCUUUCCCAGUAGGUCUUGGAGAUUCUCUGAUUGCUGAUGGUUUUGUUGUGGUGAAGAAGUCUUCAAGCACAUCGAACUUGCAAGAUCAGGAGAGCAAUGGCUCAUCUUCUUCCAUCUGGCCGACUUCUGGAUGGAGUGAUUUACAAGCUCUAUCUUCUGCAGCAUCCAUUACUAGACCAAUCUUCGAUGGUUUGCCGAAACCCAUGAGCGGAAGAAAGAACAAAGCGGCUCUUGAUUAGUGUCAGGUUGUUUUUCAGCUUUUAUUUGACAUCAGAUCAUAUAUUGUAACUUUUCCUCACUGAAAAAAGAAAAGAAAAGAAAAACACUGUUAGAUUUAGCGAUUAAUGUACACUUGUAGAGUCCUUGAACAUCUACAAAAUUGAAAGUGUACACCUAGACCAGUGAUCAAGGGGUCUUUCAUGAAUUUAAUCUGAGUGUAUAAAAUUUUAAUUGCAUUGUUGUCCUUUAUAGCUUA